CACAAGACACUGAACUUCUAUCACCAUGGGGAUCUGGGUUGUGAAUGAAGGACUCUCAAUCUUUGUCGUUCUCUUGUGGCUGGGGAUAAAUGUCUAUCUCUUUGUCAAAUUCUACUUGAUUUAUGCAUCACAAGACAAGUACUAUUAUACACGAAGACUUCUUGGAUCAGCCCUGGCAUUUGCCAGGGCCCCUGCAGCCUGUCUGAAUUUCAACUGCAUGCUGAUUCUGCUGCCAGUCUGUCGAAAUCUGCUCUCCUUCCUCAGGGGUUCCAGUGUGUGUUGUUCAACAAGAAUUCGAAGACAACUGGACAGGAACCUCACCUUCCACAAAAUGGUAGCAUGGAUGAUUGCACUUCAUACUGCGAUUCACACCGUUGCACAUCUGUUUAAUGUGGAGUGGUGUGUGGAUGCCCGGGUCAACAAUUCUGAUCCUUAUUCGAUAGCACUCUCUGACCUUGGAGAUCAUAAUGAAACUUACCUCAAUUUUGCUCGAGCGAGAAUCAAGAAUCCUGAAGGAGGCCUAUAUGUGGCUGUGACUCGGUUGGCAGGUAUCACUGGAAUUGUCAUCACACUAUGCCUCAUAUUAAUUAUCACCUCCUCCACAAAAACCAUCCGGAGGUCUUACUUUGAAGUAUUUUGGUACACACACCAUCUCUUUGUGAUCUUCUUCAUUGGUCUCAUCAUUCAUGGAGCUGAACGAAUUGUACGUGGGCAGACAUCACACAGUUUGGAGAAACAUAACCCAAGAGAAUGUGAAAAAAAUAUCACUGAAUGGGGAAAAAUAGAGAAAUGUCCCAUCCCAGAGUUCGCUGGAAACCCACCUAUGACUUGGAAAUGGAUAGUGGCUCCCAUGUUCCUGUAUGUCUGUGAGAGAUUGGUCCGGUUUUGGCGAUCUCAACAGAAAGUAGUCAUCACCAAGGUGGUCACUCACCCUUUCAAGACUAUUGAGCUACAGAUGAAAAAGAAAGGAUUCAAGAUGGAGGUGGGACAAUACAUUUUUGUCAAGUGUCCCAAAGUGUCCAGACUUGAGUGGCACCCUUUCACACUGACUUCUGCACCUGAGGAAGACUUCUUUAGCAUCCAUAUCCGUAUUGUCGGGGACUGGACAGAAGGACUAUUCAAUGCCUGUGGCUGUGAUAAGCAGGAGUUUCAGGAUGCCUGGAAACUACCUAAGAUUGCAGUUGACGGGCCCUUUGGCACAGCCAGUGAAGAUGUGUUCCGUUACGAGGUGGCGAUGUUGGUGGGAGCGGGCAUUGGCGUUACACCCUUCGCAUCCAUUCUCAAGUCAGUCUGGUACAAAUACUGCAAUAAUGCCACCAAUCUGAAGCUUAAAAAGAUCUAUUUCUAUUGGCUAUGCCGAGACACACAUGCCUUUGAAUGGUUUGCAGACUUGCUGCAACUUCUGGAGACCCAGAUGCAGGAGAGGAACAACGCUGACUUCCUUAGCUACAACAUCUAUCUCACUGGCUGGGAUGAGUCUCAGGCCAAUCACUUUGCUGUGCACCACGAUGAGGAAAAAGAUGUGAUCACAGGCCUGAAACAAAAGACCUUGUAUGGGCGACCCAACUGGGAUAAUGAAUUUAAGACAAUUGCAAGUCAACAUCCAAAUACCAGAAUAGGAGUUUUCCUCUGUGGACCAGAAGCCUUGGCCAAAACCCUCAGUAAACAGAGCAUCUCCAAUUCUGAAUCUGGCCCCCGGGGAGUGCACUUCAUUUUCAACAAGGAAAACUUCUAACUGGUCUGUUCCAUGAGGAUCUAAAUGUGGAUUAUGCUGCCAAAUGUUCAAAUGAUACUAGUUGAUGGUAUACAUUCCUCCCUUCUAAAACAGGAGAAAAGUAACGAAAACACAAUUGUUUUUCACUGAAAAAAAAGUCAAAAGAUUGUUUGAAUGUAAUAAUUUGUAAGGGUUUUUGUGAUUUUUGGAACAAUUUUACAAGUCUUAGUUUAUUUUUUUUCUCACAGUACUGCCAGAAAAAAAAGAGGGUAAGGAUACCUAGAUUUAUUUUUUUGCCCCCCCAGAUUUAUUUUUUUGAGGAUAAAAAUUAGGGGGUCAAAAUGGUGAGGGAAACUUUUAAAGUUUAGGAAGUUGAGACCAGAUAUGUUUUGGGAGUCUUCCUAUUAUAUCAAAUUUCCUAUGAAUAAGUUUUUAUAAUUCCAGGAAGAAGAAACAAACCAGGGAGUAGCUAUUUAUUUUCCUUUUGUGUCAUUUUUGUUAUCAUCGUCAUAGAGAAGGAAAAUUUCCAAAUAGUUAAGAGAUAACAUACGCUGAAAGUGAUUCAGCACGUAACAGUGACAGGAGUGACAUUUGAGAAUAUCCAGUUUUUUUUGGAAGCCU